CAUUACCAGAUGUAUUUACGGUCUUGGUACUCUUGGUGUUUAUGGUAUGCCAAUUUAAUGCUAAUUUCUGAGAUAUGUUAAAUAUUAUCCAGGGUUUGAAUAAAACGAGGACACUUUAUUGCGUGCGUUGAAGGAAUAUUUAUAAUUGUAUGGUUCUGCGUAAAUCAUUUAACAUUAUUUCAUCAACAAUUAUCACACUACAUUCCUGAAACUCGGACGUUUUAACUGUAGUCGAUCAUGGCUAAGCGUAAGAAUCAAGCCCCAAUCUACAGCGAUGGAAGUGAUAAUUCAGAUAAUGAUAUGGAUUCCGAAUUACUGAAUUUGGCUAAAAAGAAAAAUAGGAAACGAAAAUCGCCUCCUUCCAAAGCAAUUUCUGAUUCUGAGUCUGAUCAUGAAACUGCUAAAAAAUCUAAAUUAAGCCCUAAAUACUCGGAUUCAGAUAGUGAUGGCAAUGAAAGCAAUUCAGAACCUGAAGAAGGUGAAGUUUCGGACUCUAGUUCUUCUGAAGAAGAAUUCAAUGAUGGAUAUGACGAUCAGAUGAUGGGGGAUGAAGAAGAUAGAGCACACUUGGCCAGUUUAACUGAAAAAGAGAGAGAAACUGAGUUAUUCAAACGUAUAGAGAGAAGAGAAGAGAUGAAAACUAGGUUUGAAAUAAACAAAAAGUUGAGGCAGGCUAAGAAGGCUGAAAGAGCAAAGGAUAAGUCUACGAAGAAACAUAAAGAAAAGAGAGUGAAAGAAAAGAAGGAAGAGCCUACAAAAAAAUAUGAAAAAGAUUCUGAUAAUGACGAAGAUCAAAGUGAUCUCCAGACUGAUUUCAGUUCCAUUGAUCACAAAGAACGAAGUAAGGAGAGAAAAAAGAAUAUUGAAGAAAACAGAGGUAGGGUAGAUAAGCGUGUCAAUGCAAUGGCAGAAUUGAAAGCGAGAAGGGAAGACAAACAAAAACGUGAAGAAGCAGAGGAGAAGAAAAAAGAAGAACAAAGGAAAAAAGACGAGAAGGAGGCUGAGGAGAAGAAAACAAAGUUAAAAGCCUCAGAUAUUUAUUCAGAUGAUAGUGAUAGCGAUUCAGGAGAUGAAAAUUCUAAGGAAAAAUCAAGACAAUCACCUGCCUCUGUACGAUCAAGAUCACGUUCCUCCUCUAGUUCUAGUUCUAGCGAAAAUGAAGAAAUUGUAGAAGAGAAAACUCAGAUAUAUGUGCCAACAAGAGAGGAAGUAAAUUUAAUUCGCUUAUCAAGGCAUAAACUAGAAAGAUUUGUUCACAUGCCUUUCUUUGAUAGAAUAGUGAAAGGCUGUUUUGUUAAAAUUGGCAUUGGUCAACAGGGAAGUAUGUCCAUUUAUAGAGUUGCAGAAGUGAUAGGAGUUUAUGAAACUGUUAAAGUGUAUGUGCUAGGAAAUACAAGAACAAAUAAGGGUGUGAGAGUUAGACAUGGUAAUCAAGACAGAGUAUUCAGACUAGAAUUCAUUUCAAAUCAAGAAUUUAGUGAUGCAGAAUAUCAUAAAUGGGUAGAAGCUACAACGGCAGCUGGACAAGCUUUUCCUACUAAACAGCAUAUAGAGCAGAAACAAGCAGACAUCAAAGAAGCAAUACAUUAUGAAUUUAAUGAACAGGAUAUUGAACGAAUUAUCAGGGAAAAAGAAAGAUUCAAACAGAAUCCUUUCAAUUAUGCAAUGAAGAAAACUGAACUCAUGAAAGAAAGAGAAUCUGCACUUUGCCGAGGAGACGAAGAUUUAGCAAGGGAGCUCAGUCAAAAGUUGGCUGAGUUGGAAGAAAGAGCAUCUCAUCUGGAUAAAGUGAGAACGUCAACAAUAUCUAGUAUUUCUUAUAUCAACGAUCGUAAUAGGAAAAGAAAUAUUGAGGAAGCAGAAAAAGCUAUCAUGGCUGAACUCAAAGCUAAUAAGGGAAAAAAGGUGGAUGAUCCAUUUACCAGACGUUCUACAAAGCCUACCAUGAACUUCAGACCACAAACUGAAACUGCAACAGUCCCUGCUUCGGAACCCGAAGAGGCUCCUGUACAAAAAGAAGCACCUAAGCCAAAAGCCAAACCAGCUCAAGUUACUCAUGACGACCUUUUCUCCGCUCAUGACUUCGACAUCAAAAUUGACCUUGAAUUACCUUUGCCAGCCAAUCCAGUAAUGGUGAUGCCUAAAGCAGUAACGAAUGAUUUAGCUCCAAGGAGGAGUCUCAACCUUGAAGCAUACAAGAAGAAAAGGGGUCUUAUAUAGUAUUAUUUAUUAAUUACUCCUGAACUAUUAGAUAUUUUACCAAUAAAAAUUGGUACUUUUGACAAAACAGAAGAAGCCUUCUGUUUUUUCCAAUUAAAUUGGGUUAGAAUUUCCCAAAACAGAGCAUUGUUGUAUGAUAUGUGAUAAGAAAAAUAUUUUUUGAAUUUCAGUUUUUCCUCAUAUUUAUAAAAACAUUGACCAUGUUAUUUUUCAGUAGUAUUUCAAUAACUUAUUUUUUGUAAAAUGAUUUAGACUUAAAAUACAUUUUAAUAUCUCUUUUAAUUUUUUGUUUGUUUUGCCUACUAUUGGACAAUUUAUCAUGGAAAAACACGCUUUUAGAAUAUUGCAUCUUUUUGAAUUUUUUUUCUCAAUACCUCAAUCUACACUUAGUGGAAACUAUGGUGUUCAUGUUAUGUAUAAUAAAGGGUUUUCCAAUGA